AUGCGUGGUUAUUUCGAAAUGUGUCGACAAAAAGGGAUCAACCCGCUAUUCGCUAUGGCCGAGGCCACUGCGAAUUGGGGAGAUUUAUGGGAUCAGGCCGAUGCGGUGUCCAAUCACUCUUUGAAAGGAAUAGAGUUUCUGGAAAAAGUCGGCAACUUCGUCAAAGAACGAGCAUCAAUUGAAGAGGAAUACGCGGCAAAACUAAGAGCGCUGGCAAAGAAGAGUCAAGGGAAAAAGAAAGAAGACGAAGACGCGAAAGCUUUCACCUAUGUGCGAUCUUUUAACAACUUGCUACGAGAAGUCGAAAGUCUUGCAGCGCAGCAUGAAGUUAUUGCCGAGCGUUUGAAGAAAGAAGUGGUGCCGUUUGUAACGAUGCAAUCGAACACACAUCGGCAAUCGAGGAAACAGUGUCUUGGCGAUCUACAGCAAAUUCAUCAGAACUUGAACGCCUCGAUUGAACAUCACUUCAAACAACAAAAAUCUUACGGGAAAACCUUCAAAGAAGCAGAAGCUGCGUACCUCAAGUACUACAAAGCUGAGAAGAACAUGGAAAUAUCGAGGCUCGAUUUAGAAAAGGCGAAAAACAAUGCUCAGUCAAGAAACUACUCGUGCGAACAAGCGAAACAAGCCUACGCAAGCGCUCUUGAUUCUGCGAAUGAGGCUCAACGAGUACAUUACACUACCCUUCUGCCGCAAGUUUUGGAAAAAAUGAGGCUGGUCGAUGAAGAAAGAAUAAAAGACACUCGACAAGCGAUGGACUUAUCUGUUUCAAUUGAAGUAGAGGUUACUCCGAUCAUUUCAAGGUGUCAUCAAGAUAUGAAAGGAGCGAUUUCCCAAAUCUGUGAAACGAGAGAUAGUGCAACUGUUGUCGAAUCUUUUCGAACUGGCUACAAACAUCCGUUGCCGUUUCCAUUCGAGGAUCUUGGCCGACCGGAGGAGAUUUUAACAGCUGGACCCAAUGGCGAACCCGGUGAUGCUACUUUGAAAAGGGGAAUGCUUGGUGCUCCAAAGAAGGAUGGAGGCAAGUCGGUGACUCGCAAGCAAAGCAUGCAUCAAAAGAUCUUUGGCGGUGGCGAAAAGAAAACGAAUGAUUCUGAUUAUGGAACAUUGCCGCCACAACAACGGGCCCGGAAGCUCCAAGAAAAGAUCUCCGAAUUGGAAGGCGCUAUGCGGAAAAGUGCACAAGCCCACGAUGGACUACAGCGAAUGCAAUCGACCUAUAAAGAAAACCCUCGUCUUGGCAACCCAUCGGAUUGUGAUGCGCAGAUAGCCCAAUACGCAAAAGAAAUUGACGCUCUUCAACAACAAAUUAGCAAACUAACUUUACUUCUCAAUUCGGCGAAUCGGGAAAUGGGUGGCGGUGAUUCAACACCAAUUUCGAUGCGAUCACUCGACUCUACAGCCCACUCCGUUCACUCGGGCCACUCCUUUGAGCCACCACCACGACCAAAUCCGCCUGCGAGUCAAUCCAGUCAACGUACUUCUUACAGUGAGGAAAGCGUCUCUAGCGAAGGAAGCCGAACGAACGGACAUGCUCCCACUUGUCGAGAAGAGGUUUAUGAAGAACCCGCGCUUGGGACAUGUGUCGCCCUAUUUCCAUUCGAAGGAUCAACUGAUGGCACAAUGAAGUUGGCAGAAGGCGAGGAGUACUUGCUGCUAGAAAAGGAUGAGGGCGAUGGCUGGACACGAGUGCGAAAGAUUGAUGGAGCGUUUGAAGGCUUCGUUCCGACGAGUUAUCUAAAGUGUAAGUACUAUCCCGAA